GGCGCGGGGCACUCCCGGCGCGGGGCGGCAGCAGCAUGGGGUGGUGGGGCCGCGCCGCGCCCGCGCCCCCUCAGCCGCCGCUCCCCGGCGCCCCGCACCGCCCGCCCUGCUAGAGGUGCUGCCCGCCGCCGCCAUGGGCUCCCACCUGCCGCCGCAGCAGCGUCCGGAGUCCCAGCUGGUGCUGCAGCUGGCGGCCGGGGCUCUGCAGGCGCAGAACUUGGAGCUGUCGGGCGGCGGCGGCCUGGGGCCCGAGUGGCAGGUGCUGCUCGGGCGGGCCGACGCGCUGGCCUACGGCGGGCGGCUGCACGAAGCCCUGCCGCUCUACCAGCUGGCGUCCCGGCACCAGCAGCUGCGGGCGGAGCAGCUGGAGAAGCUGGUGGAGUGCCUGGCGCAGAGUGUCCGGAUCAAAGAGGGGCUGCCCGCCGCCGGGGGCGGCCCCCCGCAGCCCCGCGAGUGGGACGUCUUCAGGUGCCGCAAAUGCCAGGGCUUCCUCUUCGAGCCCGUUUCCUUGCCUUGCGGACACACGUUCUGCAAAAAGUGCCUGGAGAGGGACCGGGCGGCCGGGUCCCGCUGCGUCCUGUGCAAGGAGGAGGGCGGCGCGGCGGCCGGGCAGCUCCUGCGGGUCAAUGUCAUCCUCAGCAACCUGCUGGCCAAGUGGUUCCCCUGCCAAGUGAAGGCUUCGCAGCUCAGGCACGAAGGGAACCUGCUCUACAAGGAGAAAAAGCUACAAGCCGCCCUGCAGAAGUACAACGAAGCGGUCAGCCUAGCUCCAAAUGACCACUUACUAUACAGCAACCGGUCCCAGAUUAACUCUACUUUGAAAGCUUGUGAAGAUGCAUUGCAUGAUGCAGAAACAGCAUGCAGGCUGCAGCCAUACUGGUUGAAAGGUCACCUAAGGAAAGGACAAGCAUUAGCUAAUCUGGGGAAAACAGAAGAAGCUUUAAGAGAGUUUCUAUUCUGCCUUGCUCUAGAUACUGGGAACAAGACAGCCAAGUCUGAGGCACAAAAGGUAAAUGUGGAACAGAAAAAGGGCUUUCCUAUUCAAGAGGAACCAAACGUAACUUCUGGUAGUUUGAGAAAAUCUAUACAAAUUACAGAGAGCAAAAAGGACUGCUCAGAGGAGGAGAACAAACUCACCUCCCUGCCAGAGUCUAUGUUUCUCAUUUCUGAGAAGUGCAGCCUCCUGAAAAGGAAGUGCUGCCCAGAGGAGAUGCGAAAUGCUGAGGUACCCUGCAAACUGAUGAAGAAAGAUACAGUUGAUACUAAGGGAAACAGUACUGGACAACAUAUUCCAUUUGAAUUUGUGGAUCCAUCAGAUUUGGACUGCUCCCUCUGUAUGAGGCUCUUCUAUGAACCUGUCACGACACCUUGUGGACACACCUUCUGCCUCAAAUGUCUUGAGAGAUGCCUGGAUCACAACCCAAAAUGUCCCCUGUGCAAGGAAGGACUCUCAGAGUGUUUGGCUAUGAGGAAAUACUGCAAAACAGUACUAAUGGAGGAGUUAAUAGCUAGGUAUCUUCCAGAGGAACUCACCGAAAGACGAAAGAUUUAUGAAGAGGAAAUAGCAGAGCUUUCCAACCUAAAUAAGAAUGUUCCUAUAUUUGUCUGCACAAUGGCCUAUCCUACAGUCCCAUGCCCCUUGCACAUUUUUGAGCCAUGUUAUCGCCUGAUGAUUCGAAGGUGUAUGGAGACUGGCACCAAACAAUUUGGGAUGUGCAUCAGUGACCCUGUAAAGGGGUUUGCAGAUUAUGGCUGCAUUCUGGAGAUAAGAAACGUUGAAUUCUUUGCUGAUGGUCGCUCUGUUGUAGACAGCAUCGGCAAGAGGAGAUUUAAGGUGAUACAGCACAGCCAGCGCGAUGGCUAUAAUACAGCAGAUAUUGAGUACAUUGAGGAUCAAAAGGUGCAAGGACAAGAGUAUGCUGCAUUACUUGUUCUCCACGAUUCUGUCUAUGAUCAGGCAUAUAUGUGGUUUAACUCCCUCAAGCAAGCACUCAAAAGUCGAAUUCUCAGUCAUUUUGGUCCAAUGCCAGCUAAGGAUCCUGACCCACAGGCUAACCCUAACGGGCCAGCCUGGUGCUGGUGGGUCCUAGCUGUCCUUCCACUUGAGAACAGAGCUCAGCUCCCUUUCCUUGCCAUGAAAUCCCUCAAAGACCGCUUGAAUGGCAUCAGACGUGUCCUUACAUUCAUGUCUCGUACAAGAUCACGGUGAUGGUGAGAAGGAGAGCUGUGAAGUCUCCCACAGUACUUGACUGUAGACUGUCUCUUGUAACUUCAUCUAACUGCAAUAAUGUCUUACAGAUUUGAGUGUCAGGAUGUUCCAAGCCUGAAUUUCAAAGAAAAUGAGUUAUAAAGAGCAAGGGAUGCUUAUGGAUACUUCAAUAGUUUCCAUUUGGAACUCUGAGAUGAUUAUUCAAUCACUGCACUGCUAAAUUAAUAACAAAAUGUGACAGAACAAAAAGUGAUCUUGUUUGCCAUAAACCUUUUAAAAAGCUUAAGGGUUUUUUAAUUUAUUUUAUUUUUAUUUUUUUAGUGGAUAAAAGAUAAACUGUGCAGUUUAAUGUGAAGCAGAAAUAAUAAUGUUAAUGCAUUAUUUCAGUGAACUGCAAAGUCUUUUAUUCCAAAUGGUUCAGGUUUUAUAUAGCAUUGUGUAAAAUAAUGUUCACAACUUCCGUUUGAUAAUUUAUUUUUGCACUAUGAUUUUUUGUUUCAAAAUGUAUAUUAUUUACGUGUUCAUUCUCUAAAGGAAAGUGAGCUGCUCUAUUUAUUUAUAGUGUUUUUACCCUAUAUUUAUGACUGGGGCAAAAUGAUGAUUCUAGCAGUGCACAAGCAACUGCGUUCAUAAUUUUUCAGAUACUUGUGUUCAAAUACUUUGAAUGUUUUUCUACUUAUUCCCAGUUCUACUAUAGCCUAAGAAGGAUUAUUUUUUUUUUCCCCCCCAUGAAACAGCCUGCUGUGAAGUCUUUGAAUACACAGAUAAUGUCUGAGAUGAUUCAAGCACAGUUGUUGGAGCUUGAUCCUAUGUUUGCAACUAGGUUCCUGGUAUCACAAAACAGUCAAGCACAUGCUUAACCUUAAGCUUGAGUGUUUAAGUGCUUGGGUAAAUUCAAGUAUUGAUCAGUUGAUGUCAGUGGGAAUUGGCCAUAGUGGUGACAGAAGGCUCUAUCAAACCAGGACAAUUCCCUAAUUUUUCAAAGAACAGAGAAUAACUUGGAGUUGAAUUUAUUUCUGAACUGUCUUGCAAGAAUGGAUAACAGCUGCAAACAACUGUGAAGAAAGAGCCACAAUAUAGGAGAAGUGGCUUCUCCUAAAGAAAACUGGAAAUAUUGGUAUAAUUUCGUUGUAGGUUAUGACAUAGACUUUUUUUUCAUCAACUCUUGUUGCUGUUAAGAUCAGUUUUCAUUGUUUGGUGGGAUUUGGCUUUGGAGUGUGUGUAUGUGGGGGGGAGGGAGGGAGUUACUUUGAACUGUAGGACUCAGAGGGCAGUUUGUGUCACAUGUAAUAAAUGCUAUUUAUUUCACCCCAAUCUUCAGGUUUCUGUUAGCUUCAAAUCUCUACCCAGCCAUUGCAUUUCUCUUAAGAGAUUGGGUAGUGUUGCUAAUAGUUAACACCCAAGGAAAACAAGUGAAUUUUAGUGUGAUUAUUUCUACCUGUAAAGAAGGUAAAAAUAGGGCAGAAAUGAGAAUAGGAAGUAUCUUGGUUUUGAGGUGUCUUUUUUCUUUUAAAAUCAACAGUUCAUAUACUUGUUUUACUGCUUUUACUGCUUUCAGUGUACCACUUUCUGGGACUGAUCUUGCCUCCAUCUUACUUUGACUUUCACUGAUUUCAAUGUAAGCAGAACUGGGCCUUUUAUUCUAAGCUACUGUUUUCUUUUUGGUGGCAAAAAAUAGAUCGAAUUGAGUAUGUUAUGGAAUGCUACAAACCUCUGUUAUUUUUACCCAGGGCAGCACUCUUUGUCAUUCCAUGCCUUUAUGAAAAAAUGCAGUAGAACUUAAUUUCAAUUUUCCAUAUGUUUUUUCAUUAUCAUCUCAUCAGAAAUAUUUAUUAGUUAAAAGUAAUUUCCAUACUGUUAGGUUUCGAUAAAACUACUUUUGUUUCCCCUCUUGUUAAAUUCUAUAGAACUUUUCCAUAAGGGUACCAAAGAAACGAAUGGAAGACAAAGUUGUUUCAACCUUGUGAUGUAAAUGGAAUACAUAUCCCAUGUUUGCAUUGAGCUACUCUAGAAAUGCUACAACUUAUUUCCUUACUGCUAGAUUGCUGCACUUCUUCCAUAGGUGGUACUUUACAUGCUUUUCUGUAACCAAUGUAUAGAAAUACAUACAUGUUCUGAACAAUUAACAAGUGUAUGGUGGCUGACACCUGCUAUGGCAUUUGUCUUCAUAAGUCAAAAAUGAAGUGAUUUCUACGUGUUCGGAAGUGAAGCUGCAUUAAAUGCAAUUCUUCCCUAAACCAUUAUGUAUUAUUGCAAACAUAAGGGGCCCAUUGCUCCCACAGAAAAAAGCUGCCACUUUGUUACUCUUACCUGUGAGAAAAGGACCUUAAAUAUCUAUUUUAAACUGUUUUCUCAAUGAUGUCACUGUUAUUUUAUCCUGCAUGCUAUGCCUUCUGUGUACUCAUAUUCUCCCUAUUUUGUUGAUUUAGAAAUUGGCAUGGAAAGAAUCCUUAAUUUUUAAAAGUGAAAAUAUUGUCUUUUCUAUUAGCCCUGAGUAAAGCUGCCAGGAUUUCCUAAGCAGAAACUUGUGUACAUGCCCCAUAUCACAAAGACCCAGUGCAUUUGUUGCAACAUGGAAACACUGGACCUACUGCAUGUAAUGCAUAUGCACAACAAAUCAAACGCAUCAAGAAAAUUCAUCUAUACAUGUCCAGUAGCAUUCUGUCUGGGACCGCUCUAUGGCCACACAUCCUAGAUUAAUGGCUAAAGUCUGCAAGUUCCAUCAGAAGAAAGAAAAAUAUUGAAAAACAGAUUUGUUAGGGAACACAAACCUGCCCAGAAAAAGCUGGACAAGGAGUAGCCUUAGCCUUCAUGAGUUGAGAUGGUAAAGUUUCAGUAAUGAGGUUUAAAAACAAAAAUAUCUUCUAGUUAUGCCCCAGCCUUCCUGAUUUUCUUUUCAGUUGUAUUAAUCAGUACAAGGACAUAAAUGCAACAUUUAUUAUAGGCAUGAAUAAACAGCUGAACAGAUUUAAAAAUACCUUCAUUUUAAUUACAGAAACAGUACUGAUCAGAUAAAAUACUAAUUGGGGGAGGAUUUUAUUUAAGCUUCUCACAUUUUACUAGACCCCAAACCCAGUGCCAUAAGCCAGUCUUGCUCAUCUGUUAAAAAAAAAAAAAUCAUGAUUCAAACUUAUAUUUCCUGUGUGGCCAGAAGUAUUGAUUAAUCUUUGUUGUGAGGGCAUAAGUGAUGCAUAGGCUUCUUGCUAGUUCUUUAGAACUAGCAAGAAAUAAUGGAAAUAAGAACUUAAUUUCCAUUGACCCUAGAUCACUGACGUAAAAUUACCAAAAUCAAUAGAAUUUUUUAUUUCCAAGGAAAUGUGAUCAGUACACUGUUUAAAAAAAAAAAAAAAAAAGAGGGGGAGAAUACAAAAAGCAAGUGUUUUGUAAUGGGGGUGGGGAGGGAACCAAGAAUAGAUCAAACUACGGCUGAGUAAGUGCCAGUCUCCUGGGCUAUAUCACCUGAACAUCUCCAGAGACUUCUUGAAUGUUUUAGACCUGCAUUUGUAAGAUACAGUUUAGUUAAUCUGAAAUCUCUGCACUUUUCUGCAAAAUAAAUAUUUAACAAAAUACAUUAAAAAAAAUAACAAAGACUGGCUGUAUCACCUUUCCAAAUCCCUGUACGUUUAUAUUAUGUGGUUUCUAAUUAAAAACAGUCAGAAGUUUUCUGCAGGAAGUAAUACUCAUUUUUCAUUCUCAUAUAUAGACAGAGUUAUGACACUCAAAAUAACUUUGCUUUGUCUUAUAUGCUCCUUUGUCUAGCAAUAACUUAAGGGGAUAUGUUUCCAUGAGAGUAGCUGGGAUCUUGGCUAGCUUGACUUGGUUAAAAGCAAACCUGAGACAGGACUGGAUUAAUCAGGAAAAAUCAUGAAACCUGACAGUGAUCUCAGACACAGUUGUGGAAAGUAGUUCAGUAGUUUUAAUAACAAAAUGAUAAAAUGGUGUGAUAGGCCAUUAUUAUGCUAAGUCCUAAGCGACAUUCGGGUUUUAGUUGUAAAAGUUCCUUUUUUUUAAUUUUUUUUUUUUUAAUUUUAAAUGCUGAUAUCUGAUCUUCCAUUACCUUGUAGCAAUAAGAGAUACCAGCUGUCGUACUGCGUGGCUGACCUAUUGCUUGGCUUAUCCUUCUGUCCUGUGUGACUACUUACUAUCCGAACACCUCAACCAUGGAUUUCUUAAUCCAAAGAUUAUUUUAAUCUUAAAAAAAAAAAAAAAAACCAAACAAAAAAACCCCAUAUGGAUUUGGAUGUGGCAGGUCUGGCUUCAUCUGUGCUACAGAGAAGAGCUUUAUAAAAUCACCUUUUCACAGAAUCAUAGAAUGCCAGGUUGGAAGGGACCUCAAGGGAUCUGGUCCAACCUUUCUUGGCAAAAGCACAGUCUAGACAAGAUGGCCCAGCUCCCUGCCCAGCCAAAUCUUAAAAGUGUCCGGUGUUCGGGAAUCCACCACCUCCCGGGGGAGAUUAUUCCAAUGGCUGAUGGUUCUCAUUGUGAAGAAUUUUCCUCUUAAUGAUUUCUACUUGGUGCUGAAGUUUUACUGGUGUUUAAAUUAAUGACAGGAGUUAUAUUUAAAUGCAGUGUUUAGGAAUGGAGAACAUGUUCACAAACUUAUUUAAAAAAAAAAAAGUGUAAAUUUAACUAGAGGUUUUCUGUGCAUAAAACCCCAAUGGAACUGUAUGCACUUAGGGUAGUGCUCCCCAUUCCCUCGAGUCCUACAUCAGGUGAACUCAAACCCUGCUUUCAACCCUUGCUUCGUCCUCAUUUAAUUUGUCAGCUUCACUUGUAACUGGUGCGGCACGUAGUUUAGGAUCUGGGAUUUAUCCCAAAGCCCAGUAAAUCAAUGAAAGUCUUAUGGCUACAGAAAAAAAUGGUAGUUUCGGCAAAGUCACUAUUUUGAGACACUUUGCUAAAUAAACAUUGUCUGGGUACAAGAAACUAAUCUGCUUAGACAGGAUUUAAAUGGUGGAUAAUAAAAAAACUGAACAAUUACAUUGACUUACUCAUCCAGGUAUCAUGUGAAGUGCUUACUAAUGUUGGAGUUUCAUAAGGUCUAAAGUAACCCUCACAUAGAAGUGCCUGUAUUCUGUUAUUGCCAUUCUUGAGCUUUUUAAUAGAGUCAUAGCCAUAUAUUUUAUAAAUAUAUACAUAUGCACCUUUAAAUCUUUACAUUCAAUUUGCAGAACAAAGGUUUACAGAGCAGAAGUGUAGCAAAAACAAUGUAAUAGCUUCUGUAAUUCCCUGGUGAGGAACGGGAGAAGUAGAAAAAUGAGGAGCAAAAGACUAUCUGUGUAAGAUGUCUUAAUUUGGCACCAUGUACUUGUCCAAUUUAAUUCCAUCGAGCUAUGUGGUUACAGGAGUGCCAGAAAUAUAUCUAUCAAGCCAUUUUAAAUAAAAAGUUUUGUGGACUUGUAUAUUCCAUUUGUUUGUAAAACAUCCUUUUGUGCACUGUAAUGAACUUGAAAUGAAGCUUAAGUUAUACUCUCAUAUCACUGAACAGAGGACUGUUCAGCUACCUCUACGUAAGGUUGAAGUAAUUUGUUUUUUCCAGAUUUGUUCACAUUGUCAUAUAAAAUAUAUUUUAAAAAAAAUCAUAGUCCAAAGAACCUGUAUGUGUUUGUAGAUGUACUUAUAACUAUGUUGUACCAACAAAGUCUGUGUGGAGAGUUGUUUGCUAAUUAAAAUUUUUGUGUUCUUUA